AUGAUGCCGUUCGGUUUUGUGUGGGCAUUUGCAUAUUUCGGACAAAUGUUCUUAACAGCCACCCCUCAGGAACAUUGGUGUCGAGUGCCUGAGUUAGAAGGACUUAGCUUAGAUUUAAGACGGUCUCUAUCAAUUCCAAAAACAUCGGACGCCGAAUAUGAUCACUGUAACAUGUUUGACGCAAACUGGACACAAGUUUUGGAAACGCUGGAACCUCCUGAUAUCGGCACACCAAUCAUUCCCUGCCAGAAUGGUUGGGACUUUCUCUUCGAGGAUAUACCGUAUUCCACUAUUGUCAAUGAGCGAGAAUGGAUUUGUGAUAGAGCAAAUCUAGUUCCUUGGGCUCAAACAAUUGCAUUCUUCGGUGCGAUCGCUGGAGGUAUUGUGUACGGUAUAUUAGCUGACAAGUAUGGAAGACUACCUGUUCUGAUUCUGGCUAAUGUUGUGGGCUGUGUUGGUGGAGUUUGCACAAUAUUCACCAAUGGUUUCUGGGACUUCGCAAUGUGCAGAUUCCUCGUUGGCAUGUCUUGUGACAGCUGCUUCUUGAUGAUUUACAUAAUUGUUUUAGAGUAUGUGGGUCUAAAAUAUCGUUCGUUUGUGGCGAAUAUGUCAAUAGCAACGUAUUUUGGCGGAGGUUGUUUAGUACUACCAUGGAUCGCACUGUGGAUAUCUGAUUGGAAGAAAUUAUCACUUGCCAUGGCUUUGCCCAUGCUUCUGGUACUUGUUACUCCUUUUAUCGUCCCGGAGAGUGCCAAGUGGUUAGUAAGUAGAGGAAAAGUAGACAAAGCAGUGCGAGUUCUCAAGAAAUUUGAAAAAAUAAACAAAACCAAAAUACCAAAAGAUGUACUUGACGAAUUUAUUGAUGUGGCUUCAAACACCAAAGAGAAAGAACAAGGUGUGCUAGCUCUCUUCAGAGAACCAUCAUUACGAGUGAUGAUUAUAUUUCUGAUCAUCACAUUUAUGGGUGUGGCAGUAGUUUUUGAUGGCAUCAUCAGACUCUCGGAGAACCUUGGCUUAGACUUCUUCCUGACUUUUACUGUAACUUCGGCUACAGAGAUACCUUCUAUUAUAAUCUUGGUGCUGCUUUUAGACAGAUUUGGCCGUAGAUGGAUGGUGAUGGGUCCGAUGAUGAUUUCUGCAAUACUAUCAUUUGUCACUGCAUUCAUUCCACGAGGUGUAGCAUCAGUAACAUUAGCUGUGAUAGUACGAUUCUUCAACAACAUGGCGUUCGGUACGAUCAUACAAUGGACACCAGAGCUCAUUCCGACGCCUGUACGAGGCUUUGGCGCCUCCUUCGUCCACACCAGUGCAUUUAUUGCUAUCACUUUCUCGCCGUUUAUUAUUUACUCUGAUCGAGUAUGGGAAGGUCUAUCUUUAAUCAUAGUGGGAGUGAUAGGUGUCGUGGUAUCUCUUAUUGCUUUGGUGUUGCCAGAGACUAAGGGACAAAGAAUGCCUCAGACUAUGGAGGAUUUGAAUGAUUUAACUAGUAACACUUGUUUCGCCAGAAUGGACGUGGAUAAUGUAAAUGUGAAAACGGAAAAUCAAGAGAAAAAUAAAAUUGACGAUGAUGACGAUAUUGGGAUGAAAUUGGAAAAUAUUAUAAAACACGUCGGCGAGUUCAGUCUCUAUCAAUGGCUUCUGUUUUUCACAAUGAUGCCGUUCGGUUUUGUGUGGGCAUUUGUAUAUUUCGGACAAAUGUUCUUAACAGCCACCCCUCAGGAACAUUGGUGUCGAGUGCCUGAGUUAGAAGGACUUAGCUUAGAUUUAAGUUUUGAAACGCUGGAACCUCCUGAUAUAGGCACACCAAUCAUUCCCUGCCAGAAUGGUUGGGACUUUCUCUUUGAGGAUAUACCGUAUUCGACGAUUGUUAAUGAGCGAGAAUGGGUUUGUGAUAGAGCAAGUCUAGUUCCUUGGGCUCAAACAAUUGCAUUCUUCGGUGCGAUCGCUGGAGGUAUUGUGUACGGUAUAUUAGCUGACAAGUAUGGAAGACUACCUGUUCUCAUUCUGGCUAAUGUUGUGGGCUGUGUUGGUGGAGUUUGCACAAUAUUCACCAACGGUUUCUGGGACUUCGCAAUGUGCAGAUUCCUCGUCGGCAUGUCUUGUGACAGCUGCUUCUUGAUGAUUUACAUAAUUAUUUUAGAGUAUGUGGGUCUAAAAUAUCGUUCGUUUGUGGCGAAUAUGUCAAUAGCAACGUAUUUUGGCGGAGGUUGCUUAGUACUACCAUGGAUCGCACUGUGGAUAUCUGAUUGGAAGAAAUUAUCACUUGCCAUGUCUUUACCCAUGCUUCUGGUACUUGUUGCUCCUUUGAUCGUCCCGGAGAGUGCCAGGUGGUUAGUAAGUAAAGGAAAAGUAGACAAAGCAGUGCGGGUUCUAAAGAGAUUUGAAAAAAUAAACAAAACCAAAAUACCAAAAGAUGUACUUGAUGAAUUUAUUGAUGUUGCUUCAAACACCAAAGAGAAAGAACAAGGUGUGCUAGCUCUCUUUAGGGAACCUUCAUUACGAGUGAUGAUUAUAUUUCUGAUCAUCACAUUUAUGGGUGUGGCAGUAGUUUUUGAUGGCAUCAUCAGACUCUCGGAGAAUCUUGGCUUAGACUUCUUCCUGACUUUUACUGUAACUUCGGCUACAGAGAUACCUUCUAUUAUAAUCUUGGUACUGCUUUUAGACAGAUUUGGCCGUAGAUGGAUGGUGAUGGGUCCGAUGAUGAUUUCUGGAAUACUUUCAUUAGUUACUGCAUUCAUUCCACGAGGUGUAGCAUCAGUAACAUUAGCUGUGAUAGUACGAUUCUUCAUCAACAUGGCGUACGGUACGAUCAUACAAUGGACACCAGAGCUCAUGCCGACGCCUGUACGAGGCUUUGGUGCCUCCUUCGUCCACAUCAGCGCGUUUGCUGCUAUCACUGUCUCGCCCUUUAUUAUUUACUCUGAACGAGUAUGGGAAGGUCUAUCUUUAAUCAUAGUGGGAGUGAUAGGUAUCGUUGUAUCUCUUAUUGCUUUGGUGUUGCCAGAGACUAUGGGACGAAGAAUGCCUCAAACUAUGGAGGAUUUGAAUGAUUUAACUAGUAACACUUGUUUCGCCAGG